UUCCAGCUUGAUGCUUCUUAAUCAUGUCUCAUUUCCCUCCUGACGAUACCGGUUUCCCACCAGGUCCACCGCGCCGGGCAUAUCCGCGCCGAGACGACAUGGACAGUCGCAUGUACGACGAUCCAUCGCCCUCCCGAUCACGCUCGCCUGGCGAAUUCGUGCGCUCCCCUCCGCGAGGUCCAGCAACCGACAGGAGGGGUGAUUACUCGAGAGAACGACCCGAAUCUAGACCCCGAUACCGAAGUCGAGACCGCGAUGAUUAUCGGCGCCGGCCGUCGAGGUCACCUCCGCCUCGGCGAGGGAGGCCAGCUUACCGUGAUCGCGACCGAGAAGGAUAUCGCUCCCCCGGAUACCCCAGUCGAAGCCGAAGCUACAGUCGCAGUCGCAGUCGAGGCGAUCGACGCGGGCGCCCUCACGGACAAGAAAGUCGAGAGAUCAUGAUGGAUGGAUUACCGUUGGAUAUGGUGGAAGAAGAUGUUCGGCAAUUCCUUUCCCUCUUUGAGAUUUGAGCAUAGGCAUUGUUCUUUAAAGGACUACGCUCUGUCUUGAAUUACAACCGUGGCAAUAGGCUGAGAUGUACAUGUCGCCGGGCGGUUCCGGUCGACGUGUUGUGCAGAUUACAAAUGAGUUGAACGACGGUUAUCAUAUUGAAGGCCUAGAUGAAGUGCGAGUGAUUCGCGAUCGCCAGACAAGUGAGUGUUGGUGCCUUUGAUUGCUUACGUCCUCUCACACGAUUGCAGAAUUGUCGCGCCAGCUGGGUUUUCUUCGCUUCCACAGCCUGAACUUUUCACGAGCUUUUUUUGAGAACAAUUAUCCGAGCAUUAUUCUUUACGGCCCAAGCGCCGGCCCAAAUGAUCGUGGCACAAAAGUCCGUAUCGCCUAUAGUCGCGAGAGGGAGGACCGCGCUCGUGCUAGAGCCGAGGGUGACUGGACCUGCAAAAUGUGUGCUAUUGUCAAUUACUCGACCCGCCAAAAAUGUUUCCGAUGCCAAGCACCUCGUCCUGAACCUGGUCCUACAGGACCUCCUGGAAUCGCUGCUCCUAGGGUUAAUAACAAUGGUGAUAAUGAUGCCGCGCCGGAGAACCAACCUUCGCAGUUCUUGCUGUUCCGAGGUUUGGAACCUACGGUCACUGAAGAACUUCUGGCUAAGGGUGUCGCAAAGCUCUAUCGCCCGGCCAAUUCCUCAGAGGGGCUAAGCGGAGGUCAGAAAAAGAGUGGAAAGGUUGCAUCUACUACGGGGGAUUCCAAUCUGGGUGCUCGAGACGGGUCAAUUCGCCGUGUUCUUUUGGUGAGAGACCGUCGAUCGAACGAGAGUUGGCGCUACGGUUUUGCGGAGUUUGCCACUAUUCAGGAUGCCCAAGCUGCCACGGCACGUCUGAACUCUUUCGAGAAGUUCACGAUCUCUUCAAGACCAGUUCUUGUUAGCUAUAUCCACGCAGGAGUGUUCGUGCCUGUGAUCAAUCCAACAGCGAGCACAGAACGAUUCACAUUCAGCCCUCUAAAUAACCCCUCGUUGAAGUUGAUGUACUGGGACGAGGAAGCGUACGCCACGGAACUGACAGUGACGUCGGGGGAGGCAGAUGUGGACCAGCCACCAGCCAAAAGCGAAAAGCCAACCCAGCCUGAUGGAAAGAACAGUAAAGACUCGGAUAAAACAAAAAAGAGAAAGGCCGAGAAUGCUAGCACUGCAGGAGCCAAGAAGCUUGCAAUGCCAUCGCACCUGCAAUUCUGGAGUAACCGACACGCCGAACUGCACGGGAUCAAGAAGGGUGCAGGGAAAGAAGGGGAAGGGUCUGAACUGGGAGAUGCUGCAUCCGAUACUGCGGCACCAUCUCAAUCGUACGCUGAUCCAAACCGGAACUGCUGUUAUCUGUGUAUGCGUCAGUUCAAGUCAUCAGCAGACGUCAAUCGCCACGAGCGUCUAAGUCAACUACACCGCGGGAACUUGCAGAAUGAGGAAUUGACCGCCAAGGCCAUGGGCAAGCUUAUCAAACAUGGAAUUGUGCCACAGCCGGCUGAAUAUCGGGACCGUGCAAGAGAGCGUCGCAAGGCCUUUGGCCACUCCAAGACGUCAACCAAGAAGAGCGCACCUCCACCGAAGGAGGAAGAGCCGCCAGCUGAGCCCACAUCUAAGGGUGCUUCGCUUCUCAGCAAGAUGGGAUGGUCUGCCGGUUCUGGACUGGGAGCUCAAGGCACCGGCAUGACAGCACCCAUUGCCACUGAAGUUUACGCCCAAGGCGUGGGAUUAGGCGCGCAAGGAAGCAAGCUAGGCGAUGCUGCUGAGGAAGCCGGGCGCAACACCCGAAACAGGUACGACGAAUUUCUGGAGAAGACGAGACAGACGGCACGAGACCGCUACGAGCAGAUGUAGAGAUGAGUGUGUGGCUUGAAUUGCAUGUACAAUAUUCCUUAACGAAAACAGCAGCGGGUUAUGUGUAUCUUUUAGUCCAACAAUUCACGUAUCCUCUUUAACUAUGAAACAAACAAAAGGGGGGUAUUUCCAUAUGUACAGUAUCAAUCAACCUAAGCCACCAGUAUCUCACAAUCACACACCAUCAUAGCACAUUGCAAUGCCCGUCUAACCACAAUAUCCAAUCCGAUCCCAUCUCAUCUACUAGCCCAUCCCUUCAAUUCUCCUCCUUCACAACAGCAGCACUCUUCCCUUCCUGCUGCUCCUUCCUCACCUCCUUCUCAAACUUCUUCCCCAACACACUCCCCAC